AUGUGCCGAGCAAGCGUGCUGACGAAAUGGGUCGUUGAUACAGAGUUGGUGCCAUUUCUUGCCUCAACCAACAAGUCACCUGGACCGGUGGAACUGGCCCCUAUGUCCUCCAAGUUCAACCAGGCGGCGACACCAGUGCUGCGGCUCUCAACACCUACCCCAACAUUGCCGGCAGCCCCUAUGUCUGUCCCUAGUUUCGUCACCACCCCUCUCGCGUCUUCCGAAUUCGGGAAAACUGACACGACUUCUCCUUCGAUGUUGCUAGACACCCAGGUCUUCCUUCGUCUGCGCGAUAGCAGCGGUUUGACUGCAGAGACUGGUAUCUUCACGAUUCAACCCGGAGGACCCGCUACCUGCGCUCCCGCAACUGGUUCCACCUCUGCCCCAGCCACUACUGGUGGUGCCUCGACCCCUGCAACUUCAGCUCCAGGAACCACCAACGCUCCUGGUACCACCAACGCCCCUAACACCAAUACCUCUGGUGGUUCCAACACCUCUUCUAGCCGACCACCUGCCUCGUCGUCUUCUAGCACUGGUGGUGCCCUCAGCUCUGCCAAGGUUGCUGGUGGUGUCGUUGGAUUGGUCGGUGUCGUUGCUGCCGUUUUGGCUUGA